AUGAGCGACGAUGAGAUGCAACGAUUUGCGUCUGGAGACUUUGCCUCCCUUGGCCUACCAGCACCAUCGUCGAUGCCCACUCCAGCAGAGGCCCAGCAAGAAGCUCGGGAACGAUCAACGGAGAUAUUGGAAAGACACGAGGAUGUUCUAUGGAAGCGCUGGAUUAAGAAGACGAAAGUGCAAAGAACAGCCAUCCUUUUACGAGCUUGGCCAAACAUGUCUUCUACACACCGGCCGGAUUAUGAAGCCUUACGCAAGGAGGGUCCGCAGUUGAAGUCCCGAGGGACGAGAUUUAGAGAAGCAUACAUUUGGCCUUAUAUCAACGUUGAAGAUUUAGUCAGAGGCAAAACGUUACUCCUUUUUUUGAAUUCCAGAGGCCGCCAUUCGCCGUCUCUAUUCGCUCACACCGAUUUCGAAGCCAUGAGGCUGGGUAAUGUUAGUACUGCUGUCAUGCCUGCGUUCCUCAACCUUCAUACCAUGUUACUUGAUGGAGAAACAAUCGAAACUUACGGACGCCUUGUUUCUUGGGAUGAUGACGAAGAUGCCAUGAUGAAGGUUAUGUCGCAUUUCGGGGGUUAUCAACCCGGGGAGGGGCUGCUGAUUUUAGAAGCACAGCAGCGGAUAUUGCUUUUCCUCCUGGAGUGUUGCCACGGCAUUCUUCAUGACUCCACCCCAAGUGCCUUGACCAGCGAGGGGCCAAUCAAACCGGAGCCACCUUUAAUCACAGACAGUUCAGAAUGGCCGACUUUGGCUUCUAUAGCUGUAGAAGCCCCAUACCGACUUCCUGCUCAACUUGAUUUCGUUCGUCUUAAGGCUCUGGUUGCCGCGAAGUGUACUAGUGCCGAAGAUCAUAUUCGGGGCUUGAGAGAAGACCCAGGUUAUUUCGCGGAUGUUGUAGGGGAUUGGAGCGAGCACAGGCAAGAAAAGUUGCUGGAUACGAAUAAAGUUCGCCACCCAGUGCUAGACAAACCACUGUUUUGGGAUCGAGUUAUAGGCAACGUCGUUGUGGAUGCCUAUGGGGCAUUGAUCAUAUGGGAUAUAAUCAGUGAACAACUUACCCAUCUAGCCGCUCUCCAAGAAAAUUACUCCGAUACCAUCACUCCACAAAAGAUCCUCCCGCCGGAAUAUAUGAAGGCACUGUUGACCUUUCGAUACAUGCUUGAGCAAACGAAGAAUGGGCCGAUUUCCCUGCUGAAAACUGGAAUUCCCGCCUCCCCCCCCCCCCCCCCCGUUCCCGCUUCUCCCGAGAACCCCAUGUCCCAGGGUCUAGCAUAA